UUUCAGCUACAGAGCAAUAGUUUUAUUUUCAGUUUCUUGAAUUUGUUUUGAACGAUGCCCAGAUGCAGGAGCCGUUCGGUCGCGCACGCGUCUAUCUCACGAUACUCCUGUUGUCGGAAGUCUUCCUCGGCUUGGGCAUUAUAAUCGUAACAGCUAUUUAUCAACGCAUACUCGGCGCUUACAUGGCGGAUGUCGAACGAAAAAUGUUGGGCGGACAAUUCUUCAAUACCUACAUAUUGGGUUUUCAACUUAUGGUCGUCUAUGCCUGCAGUAUUGCCAUGUGGUCUUCGCUGUGGUCACGACGUUGCUCACCUAAUGUCAACUUGCUGCUCAAUCUUUGGAUGUUCUUUUGCUUCGUCGUGGUUAUAUGCGGUUUCGGCACCAUUUGGUCAUUGAUCACAUGUGCGGAUGCGCUGGAGAAUACGGCCGAGAUGUCGCUGCUUAAGGGCAUCGAUCUAUAUUACACAUGCCCCGAGUGGAAAUUGCUGUGGGAUGGUUUGCAAUAUCAUAAGGAAUGCUGUGGUGUGCACAGUUAUAAAGACUGGAUGAAGGCUUCGUGGAUGCCAACGGAGGCCACGCAAUGUCAAACGACAAGCAGCGGUGAGGCGGCUUUAGCGCCAUAUGCUUGCUGUAAGCACACCUGUGCCACAUGCUUCGAGAAUUACAUACCACGCACCGAUAACAGUCGCAUACCCUUCCUGACGCUAUCACAGAUUAACACGGAGGGUUGCCUGCCGCUUUUUACGAUUAAAAUGUGGGAAAUACUCUACAUAUUGAUUGCGCUCGUGUUGGUCGCCUUCAAAUUGGAUCUCAUCAUCUGCUGCCUGGCGAAAUACAUAAUACGCAAACAAGCACAAAUGGACUGCUGCAGCUGUGACAACUCGGGCUUCGAUGACGAUGAAGGGCGUCCGAUGGUGGUUGUGAAAUGUCCUACCACGCGUUGUGUCAAAUUUAACGGUGAUGAGGAGGGAAACCCUACUCAAGUGGCAUGUAAGACCGGUAAAGGCGGUGCUGGUUGUGGAGCUUGCCACAAUUGCUGCAGUGGCGAUAAUAUUUUACGUGGCUAUACCGUUAAGCAGGAGGUGAUGCACAUGUCAACACCAUCGCCGUCGCAUCGCAACGCACGCUUCUGCAAUUGCAGUGGCGCAAGCGUUAGUGGCGGUGGCGGCGGGGCCGAGUGCCGCAUAUUGCAUUGAGUGGGAUUAAGUGGCAUUUGCGGUGGCGAGUAAUUAAUAUGGUAAAAAGAACGCUUUCAAUAUUUUUAUAUUUAUAUUUAUCGUGAAUUUAAUUUUUAAAUAUUUUACAUUGCAUAUUUAUUUUUGAUAUUUCCAAGUAACUUUGCAUGCAAUAAAUAAGUUGGUCAUUUGAUGUGUUGAAAAAUA